CCAAAUGCCAUGGCUGCUCAAGCGAUUCUUCCUCGCACCUGGAUCCAGGAAGAUCGCGCAUUACAGCAGCAGAGUUCGCGAUCGUGAUCCACAGGUGGCGGCGAUCCAGGCGCUGCUCGAGAAUGUGAAGACGGCGAAUGUAGGCACCUCGCUCCAGGAUUUCCAGGGUAAUGUCACGCAAUCCACGGUCUCCGCCGUGCUGCAGCGCUUGAAGGAUCCGGGGAUCGCCUGGGAGUUCGCUCGCUGGGCUGUCUCCAAGGUAGGGCACUCCAAUUCCACCGGCAAUGCGCUGCUGGAGGUGUUCUUCGCGGCGCGCAAGCCCUGGGAGGCGCUCAAAAUCUACCGAGAGUUCCUGGCCCCGUCUUGCAGGCCCAACCAGGCGAUCUACGCCACGCUCAUCGUGGAGUUCUGCAAGAUCGGCGAGGCCGACCAGGCGCUCGAGCUCUUCCGGGAGAUGAGGCAAAACAAGGUGCCGCCGGAUCGCCGCCUCUACACCGCGAUGCUCCACGGCCUGUGCAGGCAGCGGCAGAUCGAGGAGGCCUGGAGUCUCUACCGCGAGAUGAUCGAUCGCAAACUGGUGGACACCCGCGUUUGCACUGCGCUUCUAAAUGGGCUGUGCAAAACCGGGCAGCUCGAUCGAGCGAUGCUGCUGCUGGACGAGAUGCCAUGCUCGCCGGACAUGGUGGCCUUCACGGUGGUGAUCAACGGCCUCUGCCGGGAGAAGAGGCUGGACGAGGCCUUCUCGGUGCUCGAGCGAGCUGUAAGAGCCGGGUGUGAGCCCGACUAUGUCACGUACAACGUUUUCAUCGAUGGGCUUUGCAAGGCCGAGAGGGUAGACGAUGCCUUCCAGCUCCUCAAGAAGAUGGACGAGAAGAAGUGCUUGCCAACGACGGUCACUUACACGGCGCUCGUCGACGGCCUCCUCAAGGCUGGGAGGCUUGACGAGGCGAUGGCUAUCCUCGAGCAGAUGGUCGAGAAGGGGAACUCGCCGACGCUCAAAACUUACACCGUCGUGAUCGAUGGCCUCUCGAAAGCUGGCAGGGUGGAAGAGGCCCGGAGGAUCUUCGUGGACAUGCUGGGCAAUGGCUGCCGUCCGGAUGCUUUCGUCUACACGGCUCUCAUCAGUGGUCUCGCCAAGAUCGGCAAGCUCGACGAGGCCUUGGUUUAUCUAAACCAGAUGGUUGAGAACGGCUGCGUUGCCGGUCCUGCUACUUCCACUGGCGUCAUUGACAGACUUUGCAAGUCUGGAAGGGUGGCGGAUGCUUGCGGUGUUUUGCACAAGCUGGUCGAGUAUGGAUCUUCCGUGGACGAGGUUACGUAUAAUGCGGUCAUUGCCGGGCUUUGCAAGUCGGGGAUGGUAGACAAGGGCCACUGGUACUACCGUCAGAUGUUUGCCAAAGGUAUCGUUCCCACCGUAGUGACUUACAGCAUUCUCAUUGACGGGUUUUGCAAGGCGGACAGGAUCAUCGAGGCUCGGCAUUUGUUUGACAUGAUGGUUCAACAAGGACACGUUCCCGACGAUCUCGCCUACGGUGCUCUUAUAGAAGGCCUGUGCAAAUCUGGGAAGCCGGAGGAGGCCUACGCUUUGUAUAAGGAAGCCAAUGCUCGGAAGCACCACGCCACGGCUGUUCCAGACGUGGUGACUUACACAAGCCUCAUCGAUGGUCUCUGCAAGGCAGGCAGGAUACUCGAGGCUAGACAGGUUUUCGACGACGUGAAAGACGCAGAGGACUUGGUCGCUUACAACUGCUUGCUCGAUGGGAUCUUCAAAGGCGGAGAACCGGACGAGGCUUGCCAGUUCUUCGAAGAGAUGCUAGAGGCAGGGAUGGAAGCUGAUUGUUUUACUUACAACAUCGUCGUGGACGGGCUGUGCAAGGCCGGGAGGCUGGAAGAAGCUGUGAAGUUCUUUCAAGCUAUGGAUGACCGGGGUGUGGCUCGGGACGUGUGCUCUUACAACGCUCUCAUCGACGGGUACUGCAAGGGUCACAACUUGGCGGCAGCGUUUGAGCUCCUCAAGAGCAUGGUGGACGCUGGCAUUUCUCCCAACAUCAUCACUUACAACACACUGAUUGGAAGUCUCUUCAGGGCCAAGAGGGUGACCGAGGCAUUUGGGCUGUUCGAGGAGAUGUCGUGCAGAGGGAUAGCGCCCGACGCAUUCACGUAUCAGGCUUUGAAUCACUCCUUGCCAAAGCACAAGCGCGCCUUGGGGGUUUAUGGUUUAGGGGUUUCCGAAGAGGGUCAUGGCAUGAGCUUUGCGCUAUGGUCAAGAGCAAGGAUCAUCAGGUUCCCGAACUUUCUCUUUCAGGCUAGGCGGUGGCCUUACUCCAUUUCGGCUGCCAGUGAAGUGUAUCAUCAGUGUAACACGGAAAGAAGUCAUGGAGGCGAACCCAUUGCAGAGAAGUCUCAGGUGGUUUGUGAGGAGAAUGGACAGGAGCUUACAGACAGAGACAGUGCUAGAAGAGGCAGCGGAGAAGACAGGAAACGAAGCAGCAAGCAGAAGUUUGGUUACAAAGAAAGCAUUGAUGCUCUCCUCAAAACUUUACUUGAUCUCGAGGCUCAAGGUCGGUUUUUGGAGGUUGGAGGUGCACUGAGUGACUACAGAGGUGAACUCACAUCCCGGAUCGUGGCCCAAGUUUUGAAGCGGCUGAGAGACUACCGAGUAGCCUGGAUGUUUUUCAAAUGGGCCGGUGAGCGGAGCAAGAGCUGCCACUCAAGGUUUUCGUCUGCUGGGCUUCUCCACAUUUUUGUCAAGGCUGGAAAGCACCGCGAGGCGUACAGGCUGCUCAAAGAGGUGUUAGUAACCAUCUGCGAACCGGAUGUAGUGAUGUACAGAACCGUGCUUGCCGGAUGCUGCGUCGCAGGGGAAGUCAAGGUGGCUCGCGAGAUUGUCGAAGAUAUGAAGGCCAGAGGUGUGGAACCCGACGUAGUGAUCCACAACCUUGUCAUCCGGCAACUCUGCGCUUCCGGAAAUCUCGAAGACGCGUUAGCUUAUUUCGACGAACUGGACGACUCGCUGGAUCUCACUCACUUUACCUUCAAUCCGCUGGUUGCCGCUCUUUGCAAAGCAGAGAGGACGGAAGAAGCCAUCGCUUUCGUCAAGAAGAUGUCCGAGAGACGCUGUUUCCCAACUUUGUUCACGUAUACUUCGCUCGUGGACGGGUUUCUCAAGCUAGGCAGGCUGGACGAAGCGCUCUUGCAGCUCAAGGAAGCUGUGGAGAGGGGCUUCAUCCCCGAUGCUGUCACGUACACCUCGAUCAUCGACGGGCUUUGCAAGCUGGGGAGAGUCGAGGAAGGCUGCGAAAGGUUUCACGAGAUGAGAAACCGGGGCUACGAGCCCGACGCCGUCACGUAUGCUGCUCUCAUAGACGGGUUCAUGAAGGCAAAGAUGAUCCCGAAGGCCCAUCGAGUAUACAGGCAAAUGCUGCAGAGUGGCACCGUCGUGAGUACCGUGACGUACAACAUCAUUCUCGACGGCCUUUGCAAAGCCGGGAGAGUGGCCGAGGCGUACGCGACGUUCCUAGCGAUGGAAGAGAGGGGCUGCGUUGCGACGGUGGUGACUUACAGCGCUCUCAUGGACGGCUUCUGCAGCGAAGGUAACGUGUCCGCCGCCGUGGAGCUCUUCCGCCGGAUGCUGGACCGAGGCUGCGAGCCAAACCUCGUCUCGUACAACAUCAUCAUCCGCGGCCUCUGCCGAGCAGGAAAGCUGGCAAAAGCGUAUUUUUACUUCGAGAAGCUGCUCCAGAGGAGGCUCUGCCCCGACGUCUACACCUUCAACUCUUUCCUCCAUGGACUGUGCCAGCGCCUCGACACUGUGGGCGACGGGGUGGAGCUCUUUGAGAGCAUGGUGUCGCAGGGAACGAGUCCCAAUCUCCACUCGUACAGCAUUCUCAUGGACGGGAUCUGCAGAGCCGGAGGGCUGGAAGUCACCCUCGAGAUUUUUCAUGAGAUGGUCUCCAGAGGCGUCGCUCCGGACGUGGUGGUGUUCAACACGCUGAUCCGGUGGCUGUGCAUCGCGGGGAGAGUGGACGAGGCCUUGGAAGUUUUCCGGGAGCUGGAGAGGCGAAGCGCUCCAGAUGCUUGGAGUUACUGGAGCCUCCUCGACGCUCUGUCUAGGUGCGAGCGAAUGGAGGAAGCUCGGUUGCUCUCCUUUCACAUGAAGCUCCAAGGCUGCGCUCCUCGCCACUACGAUUUGACGCAAUCGCGAUUUUGUAGUUCUCUCUUUAAGAACUGAAGUAAAGUUGGCAUCAUCGAUGGUAAA